AGGAACAAGCUCUCGUUUUUCCCUCCUCUUUGACCAGCUCUCAGACCGUCCCUACCUUUCACGACAAGCGGACAAAAAUGGCUGAGCAGACACAAAAGGCCUUCCAGAGCCAGAUCGGCAUCUUCCAGAACCCCAAGCUCACGGGCAAGAAGAGGACCGUCCGCCGGUGGUACAAGGAUGUCGGUCUUGGCUUCAAGACACCCCGUGAAGCCAUCGAAGGUCACUACAUUGACAAAAAGUGCCCCUUCACGUCCGACAAGGUCAGCAUCCGUGGUCGUAUCUUGACUGGCGUUGUCAUCUCCGUUGGCAAGAUGGAGAGGACCAUCAUCAUUCGUCGUGAGUACCUUCACUACAUUCCCAAGUACAACCGUUACGAGAAGCGCCACAAGAACUUGGCUGCCCACAUGUCCCCCUGUUUCGUCGGUGUGGAGGUUGGCGAUGUUGUGACUGUUGGCCAGUGCAGGCCCUUGUCCAAGACCGUCCGUUUCAACGUUCUCCGUGUCCAGAAGAAGAUUGUGAAGGGUGCCAAGUCGUUCGCAAAGUUCUAAGUUCAUCCCAUAGAACUAUUGUGGAUCAUGUACUAUAAUAAAUCUUGUGCGAUUUGAACUUGCAGGCCCCUAAUUGAAUGGUGCUGAUACUGGGCAAAUGUAGUAGAUUCACAGCUCCGCACUAACGCGGGAGUACGGUUGAACAGUUUGCAACCAGAUGAGCCAUGCACAUGUGCAGCAAUAUCCACAAUCUCAAAUAGAGCAUGGUUGAAUAAGAAAUACUAUUCUGCACGCC